UAGCCUUAAAGGGAUUAUAGAAACCGUAGCCUUUCGGUCAGCCCCAAAUUAUCAAACCCUAAAUCCUACGAGUAUCCAUCCGCUGUCGUCGAGCUCGAUUUGCAGGCAACGGCGGGCGAGAUUUCGACUUUGAUUUACCAGAUUUGGUUGAUUUGGCAACUUCUUUUGGACAUACGCCAUAAUGUCGAAGCGAGGAGGAGAAGAAGGGGAAGAACAGACGAAGAAGAAGAGAGAGGAUAGAACUGAAAAUUCAAAGCAAUUACCGAACUACCUUUCGCAUGAAAUCAUCGACCAAAUACUCUCCAGACUACCCGUCAAGUCUCUGUUACGAUUCAGGUGUGUUUGCAAAUCAUGGUGCUCUUUGAUUUCCGAUUCGAAUUUCGUUAAAACCCAUCUUAGUUGUAUGUCAAGAUCUGAAGAAGAUGAUUAUAAGCACUACAAAAUCAUUUCGCAUAGUCCUUGUGAUGGUUAUCUUCUCGAGUCUUGGUCUCUUUAUUCUGUAUUGUAUGAGAAAUCCUUUAAGCCCGAUCUUGCAUUGCAUUUGAAGAAUAUGCAUCGUGAGUUCUCGUUCGUGGGUUCUUGUAAUGGGUUGCUCUGUAUAAAAUUUCUAGAUGAAGUUUUCAUAUGGAACCCAUCCAUUAGAAAAUCCAAGAGAUUGCCUGAUUCAGGCAUGAGUGUGGGGACAUAUGGAUUUGGUUAUGAUGAGUCCAUUCUUGAUUACAAGGUAGUAGGAGUCUUUUGGCGUACAGGUUUUUUGGUUCCCCAAGUCAUGGUUUAUACAUUAAAGACUGAUACUUGGAGAAGGAUUCAGGACUUCCCUUGUAAGCAACCACCUUUGGGUUCUGGUAAAUUUGCGAACAAAGCUCUCCAUUGGCCUGUUUGGGGACCAAAUUAUUCUUGGGUGAUUGUUUCUCUUGAUUUAGCAAAGGAGAUAUACGAGGAGGUGGCGCAACCUAAGUACGAAGAUGUUGCAGAAUCUGAAGAUGGUCAGAUUGUUUCUCUUGAUUUAGCAAAGGAAACAUACAAGGAGGGGGCGCAACCUAAGUAUGAAGAUGGUGAAGAAUCUGAAGAUGGUGAAGAAUCUGAAGAUGAGGAUUUCAAUUUGUAUUUGGGGAUUUUAAAAGGAUGCUUAUGUGUGCAGCGUAACUACCAUGGAACUCGUGCUCGUGCUGAUCUAUGGGUCAUGAAGGAAUAUGGUGUGAGAGAUUCUUGGACUAAAUUAGUCAGCAUCCCCUAUCCCUAUUUCUAUUUCUAUUUGACAGAUUCGGUGGAGGUUGGGUACUCGCUACCAUUGUGCAUUUCUAAAAAUGGUGAAAUUCUGUUGGUAUUAGAUUCUCUAAUUAUAUAUGAUUUAAAAAAGAAUACAUUGAGGUUUCCUUCCUAUAGCGGCUCUAUUUUCCAAUUGGAGACUUAUGUUGAGAGCCUUGUUUCACCUAGUGCUGACAAUGAGCUUCAGGAGUACCAUUAAUUAACAAUUUUUCAAUAGAAAAGGUGGUAGGAUUCUUUCGUGGCACAAGUCGUUUGGUUCCCCAAGUGAAGGUCUAUACAUCAAGGACUGAUACUUGGAGAAGGAUUCAGGACUUCUCCUGGGAGAAACCUCUGGAAUCUACUAAUAAGACAUUCCUCCGCUUUCAUUCGGAAAGGCGGAAGUUAAGACGAAAAAGAAGAAUCGACCGUUCAAGUAUUCGAAAUUGCAUGGAAAAGUUAAAAGAAAGAGAGACAUAUAUGGGGUAUAUACCCAUCUAUAUUGAAUUGCGGAUACAGAAAUGAUAGAAUCAUUUUUGAUUGGACCAAUAUAGGUGUCUCCUAGUUUAGGUUUAUUCUGUAAAAUGAAAUUUCAAUAAAUAAAAAAAAAUUAAAUAUAAAUAAGAAUAA